GGGUAGAGGUGGGGCGAGUGGCGUUGUAAUACGCAUUAAAAUCCAACUCGGGCAAUUAAUCUGACAUGCGGUGCAGUUAAACGAAGGUAGGCGCCAUUGGACCAAGAGGCGAUGACACUUUUUUACGCAUGUAACAUAAUUACACGUAACACACCGUCUUCCGCCCGAACUGCAUUCGUGCGCUUUUCACUGUCUGUCGCCUGAUUGCAGCUACGCAAGGCGGGCCAGACAUUGACUAUUGUUAUUAUUAUUAGGCUGAGGCGUGCUGUUGUAUUUUGUGCGUUUGUUUGGAAGUCGUCAGGCCGGAAGUGUUUAGUAGGAAAUUGGACGCAUUUGCUCAACCGGGACGAACUUCGCGUGGUCAAAAAUUGCGCGAGGAAUGGACAAUUUGGACCAAUGAGGCAUGCAUGCUGGACGUUCACUGUUGACCAAACAUAAGGGGUCCCUCAAAAGGAGUCCUGCAAGGGACAUUAACGUAAGGCAUCGGAGUAGGAGCCCCGGUGAUCCAGGUGAUCUUGUGUCCUAAAACGAACCCUAGCCGAAAAAUGUGAGAGAGAGACUGGAGCAGACAUUUCUGACUUGUUAUCUGUCAUCAACCAGCCACAACUAGCUCCGAGGUAUGCAACCCCUGAGGCUAGAACUCGCCACCUGUUGGUCAGAAGCCCGACGCCCUAACUAUCAAGCCACGACUCGUUAUCCUGUCGGUUGCGAUCGGGUAUAUUGAUAAUUAUAGAGGGGCGCGCACCCGACCGCAACCGAUAAGACAACGAGCCGUGGCUCAGUUCGAACCUCGGGGGCUGCAUACCUCGGAGUUGGGUAUGGUUGGCUGAUGAUAGCUAACAAGCCAGAAGCGGUCAUUCCAGUAGCCAUAGCCGUAUGCCUACCAUAAACCCAAUCCUAACCUCAACACCAACCUUAGUCACUCCGAAAAUUAACGCAGGGCCUCCGGAACAGGGGGCGAUUUCUGUUCCCCUGUCUUGCCUCCACUAAUGCACCGAAUUCAUUUCUGCUCUAGAAUGGUUAACCACCAAAGACAAGACAGAAGGAUCGGUCAUAUGUUUCCCGUGUCACCGUUGUCGAUCAGUCGAAGAGCUUGGAAUUUGAAUCAGGUCUCCGUCCGUUUAAGGUUUCAACGCUCUACCGGUGAUGCUCUGAAGAUCGUUAGGUAGGAUGUGAAAGUAGGAAGGCAUAACACACGUAUUUCGUUCUACAAUUGAUACCAGUCAGUGGGAGCAAUUUGCAUGUGGCAUUUCUGCCUCAUCGAGACUUGACUCUCUUUCAUCACAACAUUGUUUGCCGUAUUUCGGUCCGUUGGAUUAACUCCGGGGCAACUUUCUCCUCUGAAAUAGUCAUCCGGAUCAGAUGCUUUUAGAUUGUCUCAUCUCCCAACAGCAGUGAUACCGCCUAGCCAUUCCUGGUCUCUCCAUCCCGAAUUACCUUGAAACGGGAUUAUAGAAGUGAUGUAUUAGAUCUAGCAUUCAAUUCCCCUCUCUGCCGCCCAAAUAUUGGUCAGGCACUUUAUUUCUACAUUCUUACCCUCGUCUGUUGGUGUCAUCCUAUAACGUCCUUGUUUGUUUAGAAAAAGUAAUGCCUGUAUAGCCAAAUGCCCGAGAAGAUUGGCCUGACCCUCUCUCUUUCCUCGUCCGAGCAUUUCUACCGACUGAUAAUGAAGUAGGGCGCGGUUCCAGGUGUGACGUGAAUGCCUCCGUCCACGUUUGCCACGCACACACACAUACGGCGAUGGUUAAGGACUCAAGUAGCCCUACCAUGGAUGGGUUAACGCAUUCCAUGAACCAAUGUUCGCCCCUCCUUCUUGGGGAGGGAAGGGCAUGGCUAGCCAAACCUUUCAGUCCAGACAUGUGGCAUUUAGAUAUCAUAAAAAUGUCCAGUUCGGAGGACUUCGCGAUUUUAGCAGUCCCCUGUGUGAAUAUCUAUGUUCCUAACUUAUCCUACGGAUUUUACACCAACAACAAUUCGCGUCGGUAUUUCUUGCAAAGCCCAUGCAUACUAGUAUGUGUGACCUAACCUAAAUAGAAUCCACUUGGCAUGCAUCCGUUAGGGCUGUUCUCCAUUUGUAUUUUUGCCCCCUACUAAUUCCGUGUCAAAAAUGUCCGUAGAUCAUAAAUCCCCGUAUAGUCAUCGAAAGCCAUUAGCAACUAAGCACAGUGUUGAGCAGUAGGAAAGCGGAGAAAAAGGGCAUUUCGUGGAAGUGUUCUAUGAACUGCUUCACUUUCAGAUGUCUCAUAUGUCAGCAAACCCCGUUUAAUCAACGCCACCGCAAACUAGUGCGCACUUAGGGCGCUAUGUUGACUUAACACGGACCUGCUUUCCUCGUCCUUAGUGCAGCCAUAACUCAUCGUGAAGACUUCGUUAAUUCCACCUGGCUUCUAAGCGAAGGCCGGAUGCUGUAAGAUAGCGCUGAUUGCCUUUUACUCUACCGUCCCCGCAAUAUUGAUGAAAAACCGCUUCUGGCGACGAUUCUGUAUUGAUUAGUCGUCGAGUUUUUACUCCCUCUUCGCGCCAGUCCGAAUUGUUUAAGGACGUUCCGCUGUCUGUCGUCUGUAGAUACACCAACCUGUGUACAGCCAAGCUUCCAGGCAAAAUUCCCUGUAUGUUAGGGCGGAGUUAGACAGGCAUACAUUGUAAAACCGGCUUGUUUCGAGCGCCGAGGUGAAUUUACUUAAACAGGGCAUCUGCAAAUAGUUCCGCCCAAAAUGCCAACUGUCCGGCCUGUACACUUGCACUUACUAGUCUCUUCCACGAGGUCAAUCUAUAGCUCAAGUGUAGGCACACCACAAUCUACGCGCUCGCCCUGUGUCAGGCAACUCCAACCGAGGCUAGAGAGUAGAAUUCGUAAUGAUGGCUAUUACUGGACUUCGAAGCCAAGUCUUCUGUGCUGUGAACCAUCGAGCUGGGUGGAUGCCUAAUUCUAACUUCCAGCCCCACUUUCGCUGCCCAACAGGGCUCAUUUAGCAGCAUCGUUGAGGAGUCAACGCCGACUGCGGCGGAGCGCCAAGUCUUGUCCCAACAUCAGCAGCAAAAGCAGGCGCCACCUCCACCACCACCACUACCGCCUCCGCCAUCUCUCAGCACAGCUCCACCACCACCACCGCCGCCUCCGAAAUCCGCACAGGCACUCCCGACCGUUCCCUCUGCCCCUGUUCCACAGCAGCCGGUACCGACAGCUGUGGAACACAGUCUAGCAGCCUCAGUCGCUUCACUGGAUCCGUUCGCGCCCAGCCCUGCCACCUGGGACCUGCCAAUCGCUGUCGCCGUGACGGAGACCUGGCGUGCCCAGUUCCCCAACGGCGGUGGCAGCUCCUUCUCCAUCGCGGCCGGUCUAGUCGCACGCCAUUCCAUCACCGGUCAACUCAUCCUCGCCGUGGCUCUCCAGGAUCUGCUCCACGUGAAUGACCUUUGCCAGAAAUGGGGCGGUCAGCUGCCCACGCUUGUUCUUGUCUUCAACAAUUGCCAACGUAUGCGAGCACUUCAACCGGCCUUCCCCGGGGUCAGUAUCAGUAGGUGGGUGAACAUUUAGCGUAGGAGAGCAUGCACACAUCAAGCCUGACUACCACAGUCCUGCACAUAGUACUAUCGCAAUUCUUUCUGACUUCUCCCACUUUGUCUGGUGUCGCUUUCCUCAUUUGAAACUGUCCUCCUAUGCCUACUGAUUUCAAGAAGUAACUUAAAUUCUCUGACUGACUCCUCUCCCCCACCUGUAGGAACUCUGCAAUGUGACAGUGGAUACUUAGUUGUCAGCUGCUCUAGGACGUUAAUAGCCGAGCUGUCCAAGUAAUCCCUUCCCUAAUUUUUUUCCAUAAACUAGAGAUGGGCAACCAAAUUGUGCUCACGCAGUGAGAACGCUAGCAGACACAUCUUUUUCCGGGAAAUGAAGACGAGUUACCAACCAGCCCCCAAAAUUCGCCUUUUGCUGCCGAGCUAGCACAAGUCACGUCGGCCCCAUACUUUCCUUCAUUCAGGAUUAUCGAGGGUAAUUUAGCCUGACUGACAGCUCUGUCGAGAUUGGGAAGCACGACUCGUAUCCGCAGAAGAUGGAAAAUGCGGUCGACAAUCCACACAAUCCGCAGUUUUAACAGAACAUUUCCGGCAAGGGUAGCUUAGUACCACACCGUCCCUUCUGUACAGACUUUGUUAUCUUUGUUGCGUAAUUUAAUAAAAUAACUUGAAGUACUUACUUAUUCGUGCUAUACAUGACAACGCCUGAGGGAUUGCAGCCGUUAGAUUCGGUUGUAUGCGUGUAAGUUGACCGUAGCGCUAACCUCAGCCCAAACUCUAGUCUUAUCUGGUGCGUGCGGUUUCGGACCCCCUUAAGACGUUGUGCAUCUUCAGGCCUGUUCUGUUUCAGCGUCACACGCAAACUUAAAUAUCCGUCGCUACCUCAAUAGGAUAAGUAGCAAAAAUUGCGCGCAAUUUUAUGUAGUAGCGCGGAGGAGACUCCUUCAUUAGCACUAACACAUCUCAUCAAAUUUUCGAUGUCCAGAACUCUCAUAGGUUCUCCUAGGGAAGCGCCACGCAGUUUUUUUUUAAGGAUUGAUGCACUUUGACAUCCAAGUGGAGCUUACAUGCGAUUUUUAUUACCGCGCAUCUUAGCCGUUUUUUGACCACUUCCAUAGAACAGACUAUGGGGAACGUACACAGUCAGAAUGUUGGUCGGUGACUGGAUGUGUUGCCGUGAAAAAGGCUAACGCAGCUCUAUCACCAGAAGUUGCGUAACCCGUCGUAUAGUGAAUUGAUGGUCAGUACAUUUAGGGGUGGCCAUAAUGAACUAAUCGAAUUUUAAGCACAAACCUACACUGUAGAAUGGCACUAGCUCCAAGAAUCGUUGGCCAGUGCACUAAGGGGUUGGGCGCACCUACCAACGUCGAACAGUUCAGGGAAGGUGUCGGUCUGCGACUGACCAGGUGCGUUCUCCAAUAUGACAGUGUCCCCUCCCCACCCACAAACAUGCUUUUAACGUUUUCAGAACGAAAGUUUCCAUAUAUUCGCUCCCUUGACUUGGUCGGGUUCAUGGUCUCUGAAUCCCAACAGUCACUUCCAGAAUUAUCAAAGUCACGUGAUUCAGCACCUUCAGGUACUUUCCAUCUAGCUGAGUCUUGUUCUCACCCUCAGGGAAGCAGCUACCUCUGACCAUGAACGUAUACCGAGAUGGUCCGAAUAGGUAAUUGUCGACAGGGCUAGCCGUUUGUGUAAACAUCCUCCGACCUCUAAUGCUCACUGCUUUGUAGCCCAUUCGGUGGACUGCAGUUUGACCAAAAAGGGGUUACUGCCUCCAUCUGAACAAAAAUGUAGAACUGUACUCUCUAAAUGUCAACUGUUAGAUGUCCGUGAAUGGACGUUCGCUCACCUUCUGACUGGGGAGGGUAGUUUUUCCAUCAACAAUAUUAGACUUUCACGCACUCGUCCAACGCUUUCCAUAAUUUUGAACAACGGUAUAUCCUUUCCGUGAUUCAUAGAAUUUUUAUUUUAUGCACACACAAACAGCAGUUUCUUGAGGAUCAUCGUCUUUUACUGGUUCAAAACCGGAGAGGAGCCCAUAAAGAAAUGUUAAACUGUAUAGAUAAGAUACGCUGGAAUGACCAUUUCUGUCUUAGUUGAGGUUGUCGACUGGCUCUAUUCCCAACUGGACCCAGCCUCGAGUUGAGGUUUGGCUGGCUGGUGGCUAAGGAGAAGCCAAAAACGAGUAGCUCAGUCCCUUACGCAAAAUUCUUCGUCUACUGAAUGCCAGUUACCUUUGGAGACGCUAGACCGGACCGCCAAGCCAAAGCGGAACGCCUGUCUUCCUUCCCCGAAGGCAAGGCCAGAUCUAAGCUAGCGCAAAGCGACAACCCUUUUUACUGAAAUAUAUACUAGUAUUUGGCACUUGAUGAGUCUUGGGGCUUUUUGGUGUUGGUCAUUCUGUAGUAGGGUUUUCGAAACAGAAGGCUCGUGAAUGCUUGAACUGUUCAGACGAAAUGUCUCGGACGGUAGGGAGACUACGACAGAUGUGAGUUGUACGCUGGGAAUAGGGAGAGGAUGCGAUCAGGGUUUUCACGCUGCGAAUGAAGGUGGGGAGGCCAAAGAAGGAUUGCUACAGGUAGUGUUAUCUAAGGACAAGAUGGCAAAUACCGUGUCGGUACAACAAGUACAAGUAAGUAGUGUCGGUACGAAGAACGGGUGGCAUGUUUCGCGUCAUGACCAGUGCUUGGGAGUUGGGAGUGAGGUGCGCUUGUAGACCGGAUAAGUGCACAUCGGCGAUCACUAACGUUGCAGUCGAAAAGCCUUUCGUUUCCAUUGUACAUAUUAUUUUUCCACAAGUCCUGUCGUCCUAGAUUUAUUGACGCGCAAGAACGUAGCUGUUUCAGAUAAGCGCAUGCUUCUUACUCGUUGGUCGCAGCAGUUAUCCCUUCACCCGGGAGUGCCAGCCGGUGGUAAGUGAUUUAAUUGUGAAUUGUUUUGUGAUGGGGAAGGGCUUGCGUAUCGUCGAAUCCCCUCCUAAUCAAAUCGUAAUUCAGUGACAGGAAGACUGACGGUAAAAUGGGCGCAUUAGCAGACCUACCUUGUGCGUGUGUGUGCGCGCGCGCCACAAAACGAUUGGUUCCUGCCAAACAAGAUUUCACCUCAAAUCCUCGGCCUCCUCCCGCUAAGUAUUGGCCAACUUAAACAGUUGCCAGAGUCUGGCCAGCCGCUGCAGUUAGCAAAGUUUUACAGAGUUGCAAAUGUGUGCUAGUCAAAUGGUGGAUCAGAGAAAAGUAACCAUCUCAUGCACCUAGAAUUUUAGGGCGAUUGUUAAUCAAUCAGAGUUUUUACACCUCUCUGCGCACGCCACACACCCACGCACCAACUGGCUCUAUCUUCUACCAGAUUCUCAUGUCAGUCCAAGGUACACUUUCUGUCUGACACCUUAUUCUCUUGUGCCCAAUACACCACACUCUCCCCGAUUAUAAAUAUCACAGUUCUGUAUAUUUAUUCUCAGUGCUGGUCCUCCCACGUCGGCAGUGACUGCCGAUGCCGCCAAUACUGCCGGCGACGCCUUUCCCACUUCCUACUCCGUCACAGUGGCCGGUGAUGUGCUGUUUCAGGGUCUUACAGCGGCCGCAGCAGCCCACCCGUCCGUGGACUCUGAGUAUACACGUCUCGGUCUGCUCAAUUAUAGCGUGGAUCUCAGGGGUCUUCGGCCACCCAUCACAAUGUGCACAUUUUGGCGCUGUGAACCGGCAUCUACGGACUUUCGUCUUGACUACUGCAUCCAAUGGCCUCGGGACAAUUUCAAUGAGGACUCCUUGGACGCUCGGUUCGUCAAAUGUACCCCCCCCCCAUCUUGACUAGGCAGUUACGAAGUCCUCCAAAGUGCGUUCAAAUAGCUUGGCAUACGAAAACUGAGCACCCGAUCCUGCCUUUACCUUAGAUUCUGCUUUCUUUUCCUCUACUAAUUCAUCUUUGUAUUGGUUACCUUACUUAUUCAGAUUGUUCUAACUUUUUCUAAUUCCUCUUCGUUAACUUUUUAAUCUUCUGACUCGUCAUCUCCUAGUCGUUCUUGUUUCCUCCGUCUGCCUACUACUCUUUCCGCAUCUUAUCCCCCCUCCCUUGUUUCCUCCCGCCCCGGUCUUUUAUUCAUAGUUUCUGCUCUUCCCUUCCCCCCUCCUCCUCCUCCUCCUCCUCCCCUUCCUCCCCCUCCCCCUCCUCAUCAUCCUCAUCCUCCUCCUCCUCUCCUCUUCUUCCUCUUCGUCUACUCACACCUACUUUCUUGUUACAAUUUUGUCAUACAAGAUGGGAGGCAGAAGGCCCUGUAAUCGGAAUUAUCUCUCUGUGCACUGUGCACUCGUACUUAAGGGCAUAGUUGCAGAUAAAACGGCAGCGAAAACAGAGAGCCUUAAGUAGUCGUGGCUGUCUGACUCCUGAUAGGUCCCUCCGGAAACCUCACUGACCUUUCCUUCAUGGUAAACGUCUUUGUCAGCUUGUAGGGGUUGAGCCCUUCGACCGCGAUUGUUUAUCCCCCUGUUUCUUUCGGCCCACUCAAUUACCUGUACGCUGUUGAGGUCAAAUUGGUGGGCGUUGUUGAGAGUGUGCACAGCAACGUGUGAGUGUGCCUUCUGCCGGGGAAACACAAGAGCAGUAUCGGUUGCUUUCCAGGAAGCAUAUAGUUCCAUUUUUUGCCCUGAAACUGGCUGGUCAAGGAAGGGAGCACCACUGCCUCUAGACUUUUUCUAUGUUUUAGCCUAGAUUUUUGGGCCGAUUGAGUCCUGUCCGCGAUUAAAGCUUUGCCUUACACCUCGACAUUUAAUGAUAAACUGGCCAUCUACAUUGCAUAUUCAAAGGUUUGAUCGGCAGUUCGCGGAAAAACCGGCUCCCAGCUUCUGCUCUGUAACGAGAGAUGGGUUGCCUGGAUUUGGUCGCAGACUGCAUCACUUAACGUGAUGUAUUCAAGCAGUAGUCCAAUGACUCCAUUAGGUUGCUUGUUCUCCAUCGCCCUCAGGUAUUUCGUUUUGGCGCAUUGCCAAAGUCAGACUUGUGUUUGUGUUGUCCAGUAUAAUUUUCAUGGAAUCCGAAUGGCCGAUUUGGUAUGAAAUCGCCUAGAAGCCCCUGAGACUUCGUCACGUAUGUCGUCCUGUCCAAGACAAUACUAAGACUGACCUUCAGUCACCCCAUCGAUUCGUUUGCACAGCGCCUGCUAAGCGGAUGAGAGGCCGAUGUACCCAUUAAAAGCUGAAGCGCAUUUACUUUGCUUGGUUACCUGGGGUACUGCCCGCAUACGUGUGAUAUUAAAUCCUACUCCAUCUAUCUUCCUACAGCCACUGCAAAUUGCGUUACAGGGUUCCUGCAAACAAAUAAAGACAUUCACAUUUAGAACCCUCAUUGGAUCUUAACGGAGACGCAGUGUUGGGCGUCGUAAAAAAGUCCAUUUGUUAGUCUCUGAGACGCUUCCUCAAGUUUAUCCUCCCACCCAUAACGAUGGACCCGUGAAAAGACCCAAAUGUCCAAAACCCUAAAUUACCUUGCCUAAGGAUGAUCACAUAUUCUUCCCAUGCUUCACACUUUUCCUCAAGCUCCAGAUUAAAAGGCUGAUUCAUUAAAAUUUUUCCGAUCAGCUGCCAAGACCUCCGGGUCACCCUGCUUGUCGAUGGAGGUGUCACGCAUAUGGAAAGUCACCCAGCAGGCAACCUAGAUCGGGAAAAGUGUCGUGCCAGCUGGAAUGUCCCCAUUGAUGGUACCGCCGCGCCAGCAACACCAACAGCUACCUCCCCCGUCUCUCCCCGCGCUGUCUUCAACUCUGGCCUGAUACGUGCCAAGUUUACUCUCUCCGCGGGCCCCGGUAAGCCUCAGCCGGUGGCCUUGCAGUUUUGUCGCGACGGUGGCGCUCUGCCCAGUGGAACCACAAUCACCCUGCGCUCGGAGGGUUACCGUCUCACCAUGUGCAAGUACCGUCUCCUGGGUGAUCGGUACUUUUGUGAUCCACCGGUUGCACCCCUGUCUCUCGCCUCAUCCGGGCGCGAGACGAAGCCGUCUGGCGGCCACUAG